CACGCCCCUUGCAUCCGUGCACGCUUGGCAUUUGUCAAUAAAUGCCCCUCUUCCAAACUAAACUUUUAGAAGUCGUUUCUGCGAUUUUGAAAGUUCUAAGUGAGUGCAGCGUUAAAACAAAAGAUGCCGCGUCGUAGAAGCCCGUUAAACCCAUGCAUUUUAAGGCAGACAGACAAUGCGCAUAACAAAUAUGGGACAAAUAUUCCCCAUUCAGAUUUUCAGCACAGAUCAACUGUUCAGGCUCUCGUGCAGACGAAAUGGCUGGACACGAGAGCGCAGGGCAGGGACCGUGACCCGUGCGCAAUAGUUGAGGUCAGGCUUCCGGGAAUAAGCGGCUACAUCGACCAGGAUGCGAGUGUAGUGGACAGGGCGCAGAGAAGGCGACGCUUGGCUGCAAACGCCAGGGAGAGGAGAAGGAUGCUGGGGCUAAAUGUCGCGUUUGAUAGGCUCAGGAGCGUCAUCCCCAACCUCGAGAGCGACAAGAAGUUGUCAAAAUCAGAAACGCUUCAGAUGGCGCAGAUAUACAUCUCUACGCUCAGCGAGCUCCUUCAGGACAGGGGAUGCGGCCCAGACUUCGACAGACAGCGGCUGAAGGGGGCCACUGAACAAGUGCAGUCGACCACAGGGCGAGCAGCGAGGGGCUUCACAUCCGGGGACACAGUGGUUGGACCACCGGAGAAGUUUAUUCCUCUGGACACAUCUGAGCCGAUUGCAGACGGUAAAAUGAACAGGACAGACAGCACUGGCCGUUCGGAGUUAAAAAGUUUUAUCGACGUCUGGGAGAGACCCAAUGGCACGAAAUAAACACAAUACGCAUGAUGGAAUUAAUUCUGUAAGCAUUUUGAAUUGUAUGCUUCGUUUUGUACUGGAAUCUGGUAUGCGCGUCACGGUAUUCUCUUACAUGUUUUAUUGUCUUUAUUUUUGUAUGAUGAAAGUGUGAAGUUAAUAGUAAGCAUAAAUGGUAGUUUAGAAAAUCAUUGUUAAAGUAUUAUUUAAUAAAAUAUCAAUUUGUAAAA